UGCCAGGAGAGCUGACACCUUCGGAAUAUCGUGAACGCGUCCGGUCUUCACAACGCCGUGUAGAGCAAUGGAUCAUCGAGACGAGUCGACACAUGCCCUUCGCCGUAUACGACCCCCCAGAAGUUCCAACGGAGCAGGACUCGUCAGAGGCUGGUCCUCUAGAAAAUGCGCAGCGCUCUGGCAACUCAGCGCGAGGUGGCAGCUCAACCAAGGAAUUGUCUCAUUCACUGCGGAAGGAGGUUACUGUUGACAGGACCUACGAGGACGACAACGUCCGUCGUGAACUCGAUCACCGAAGCAGGAGAUCAUCAUCCCCCCAUCGAAGAUCCACGCGCGACGUCGAUCAGGACCCAAGCGCCCAUUCCCAUUCUCGUACACGCCCCGCCUCUUCUACGAAGAAAAGCAGCUCACGAAACGGCCAAACCUCAAGGGGUGCCCCGACAGCGACGACGGGGAAACCGUCGAUCGGGUCGUCGAAGGACAAGGACCGUCAUCGCUCCUCGCGACAUUCGCAUAGCACAGGCCAUCGGAAACGGGCACGCGACACGUACGACAGACCCACUUCUCGCUCGAAAUCGACGGCAAUUGACAUUAUUUCGUUGUUGCCGUACGGAAUACUCCCGCUGCUGUUCGCCAUGAUGGGCGGGUCUUCAGUUAUAUCGUUCGCAGCGGCUGGUCUUAUGCUGGCGGGCUACUUUGCCAUUGACUACACGGUGCGUAAUUCUGCUUUUACGUAUUGCCAAGUUUCUCAAGCUUUGAAAACAGACUCUGAGACCGUCAUCAUCAAAGUCGAGGAGAUCAUGACCACCAGCGAAAUCGCAAGCCAACCUUAUCCGCUAUGCCUUUAUGAAACUCCUCAUCCAUCAUCAACGCCUCUUACGAGCCUCAUGCCCCUCCAAUUCACCCUCCCAAACGUGCACUCAUCCCAAGCAACAUCAUAUUUCUCCCUUGCUUUAUAUCGUCGCUGCAUCACUUCGCUAUCGUUAACCCAUAUCCUUAGAACGUCGACAUAGG